AUGUCUCCAGUGUCCUAUUGGUUCGACUUGUGCCGGAAUGUUCAUCGAGUUCUCAAUUCGAGGAAGGUGAAAGACAGCGUUUCACCAGGGGAUAAGAAGACUUGGCUUGACGCAGCCCAAAUGGCCUGCAAAGACGGCGACAAUGGAUACGACGUCAUGAUUCGAGUCGUCGAAUGGUGCAUUUGGUGCGAUCAAGAAGGGAUGGAAUGGGAGUUUGAAGCGCCUCGUCACACAUGGAAGAAAUUCCAAACCUCUCCUUGGUACAAGUGGAUCGAUGUCAACAAGGCCAAUGAAUUCCCCUGA